GUUUACAAUACAGGUCAAGGUCGAUUAACGGUACACGCGGACAAUCGAUGUGGUAGAGAAAUGGCAGGUGCUUUACAAGCUAUUCAUUAUGAACGGGGGAAAUUAGAGAUUUUAGAUCAGUUACAGUUACCAACACAUUCUGAAUAUAUCCCCGUUCAAAAUACAGAAGAUGGAUGGGAUGCCAUCAAGCAAAUGAAGGUACGAGGAGCUCCAGCAAUUGCUAUUGUAGGAUGUCUUAGUUUGGCUGUAGAGUUAUACUACAUGGACUUUAAAUCACGGAAAGAGAUAGCAGAGUAUGUUUCCGAUAGAUUGAAAUAUUUGGUAACAGCUAGACCAACUGCUGUUAACAUGGACGAGGCUGCUACAAAAAUAUCAUCAAUGAUAAAAGAUAUGGCAGAAGAAAGCGAUUUGUCUAUCAAUGAUUUCAAGGAAUUAGCCAUAGAAGCAGCAGAAAUAAUGUUUGAAGAUGAUGUUACUAUUAACAAAGAUAUUGGAUUUUAUGGGGCUGAGCAUAUCAUCAGCAAUACAGAAAAUUUAAACGUUCGUAUUUUAACUCACUGUAAUACAGGUUCCCUAGCAACGGCAGGAUAUGGUACAGCAUUAGGAAUUGUUCGAGCACUACACGAAAGAGGCAAGAUUGAUCAUGUUUAUUGUACAGAAACACGACCCUAUAAUCAAGGUGCUAGAUUAACAGCAUAUGAACUGGUGCAUGAAAAUAUUUCAGCUACGUUGAUAUUAGACAGUAUGCCUUCCAUGUUGAUGGCACACCAUGAUGUAACAGCUGUUGUGGUUGGUGCUGAUCGUGUGGUUGCCAAUGGCGACACAGCUAAUAAAAUAGGAACAUUGCAGUUAGCCAUUGUUGCGAAAUAUUUUAAUGUGCCUUUUUAUGUAGCAUGUCCUGUAACAACAUUUGAUUCGUGCAAAGCUUCUGGGAAAGAAAUAGAAAUUGAAGAACGUCCGCAUCAUGAAAUGGUUUCUAUCAAAGGGCAAAAGAUAGCGGCAGAAGGAAUAAAUUGUUGGAAUCCUGCUUUUGAUGUAACACCAGCAGAACUUAUUACUGGAGGAAUAGUAACAGAGUUUGGUGUUUUUAAACCUUCAGAAAUUAAAGAAAAAUUGGCAUCCAUUUUAAGUGAAAAUAAGAAAAAUAGAGGUCCAGGCUUACAACGCAGAUCAUCAUACUCAUCAUUGAAAAAUGCUGUAAAAAGUGAAUAAUAUUGAAAAGCGCUUAAAAAGUAACUUGAUUAUAAUUGUAUUUCCUCUCUAUUGAAGCUUUAAUUGUUCUGUCCGUCACACUUUUUGGGAAACAAUAACUCUCCUUCUAAUUGAGCUAAAAUGUUCAAACUUGGUGUAGGUGUUUAUUAGGUCGAUGCUUUGGGACACAAUAACUUCAGUGAUGGAACUUGGUGUAUACUUUCAUCAAAUCAAUACCGUGACUAAGUUCGAUAAUGAACAUUUUCUGCUGAGGGUAAGCAGAGUGAUAAGCAAUUUGAUUGGUUCAGACUUUCAAACACAAUAACUCUCCUUCUAAUUGAGGUACAAUGUUCAAACUUGGUGUAGGCGUUCAUUAGGUGAAUGCCUUGAUGGAGUUCGAUGAUGAACAUUGUCUGCUUACGUUAAGCAAUUUGAUUGGUUAUAAUUAAGUGAGACCUAUAUGAAACUCAUUAUAUAAUUACCUUGACUAAGUUUGAUGAGAAUUUUCUGCUUAGGCUAAAGAUCGAUAAGCAAUUUGAUUGGCCAAGACUUUGGAACAACAACUCUGCUGUUAAUUGAGGCAGUAUAUAUAGAAUGAUUAAACUUAAUGUUGAUGUUCAUUAGGUAAAUGUCUUGACUGAGUUCAAUGAUUAACAUUUCCCGCUAAAGCUAAGCGGAUCUAAGCAAUUUCUUUGGCUUUGAUUUUAUCUGAUACAGAGUGAUGAAACUUAGUGUAUAGUUGGUAAUCAUUUGAAAAAAAUAAAAGUGCGAUUAAUUGAUAUGUGUCAUCUAUUUAUUUUGGGAUUUCGAUGAGAUGGGGGGGGGGGGCACAUUAGCCUCAUAGUUGGCUUGUUUCAUUCCAUUUUAUCCGAACUUGGUAAUUAUUCUCUAAUUAUAUUAAUUACAGUAUUAUUAAUUUGUGGCCAAGAUACAGUGGUUAAACCUGUAAUGGUCUUGUCAUUAUUUCUUAAUAAAGCAUCUCACCAGC